GCAAGAUGCGAGCGGCAGGGGCGGCCAAGGAGCUGAUCCAGAGGCGGCGGGGCGCAGGUGCAAGGAGCUGUCUGACCGCGUGGAGAGCCGGCGCGCCAUCGGGAAGAGUGCGACGAACCAGGAGUACCGCCGCCUCUUGGACCACGCAGCGCACGCUCUAGCGCGGGCUCAGGAGCUGCGGCCGCAGGACGAGGCAGGUGACGGCGACACCGCGAGCCCUGUGGAUUCGGAGCUGCGGGCGGAAUCGAAGGAAGUCGAUGUGAGCGCGAGCAGCGAGGCCAGGAUGGCGGCGCUGAGGGCCCGGGCCAUCCAGAUCAAGCGCGACGAGGAC